AUGAAAUUGUCACGANCUCGUCACCGACGUGUAUUCAUCACCCCAAGUCAAACAGCAAACUGUCUGAAAGAUGCCCCGUUCACUGUGCUACACAAUUUGAGAGUGAUCGGUGAGGGAGAAAGCGAGACCCCGUCGUAUUUGGAACAAGUCGUAUUUGCACCGGAUUCGAAUAGUGCCGUUUCUGAACUAGGACGAUGGUAUGUGCUGCGAAAUCUCCAACCAGGACGCCGUUACGAAAUCAAGGCCUCGGUGCAAUACGUGAGUGGUGAAAAGGAUCAAGAUUCCGCGUUCGUGGGCUUUUGGACAAAGGAUGAAAUCACCGUGUCCGAGAACGAGGAGGUGGCCUCCCCGGGAGAAAAGGUCUCAGUCAGUUGUGUGGCCGCAAUCGGACCGGCCGAUUCCAACCCGAAACGAGUGGAGUGGAGACGAGCGGACGGUUCACCCCUGCCCGACGGUGGUCGAAUGGAAAUUAUUUCUCCGGCAAACGAGCAAUCCGAAUGGCGUCAAACAGUCAAUCUCGUGUUUGACAAGGUGGAGCAGGGACAGGCCACCACGUAUGGCUGUUUUGUCGAACCAUCUGUUGAACACGCGGUCGGCGUGCCUGUCGUUGUGCCCAAGUUUAAACUGAUUGUCAGUGAACUUGAGCUGGAAAUGGACACAAAAGUCGCGACCCCAGGCGAAUCAGUUCAAGUGCGUUGCACGUCUCAACAGGAUGAUGAACUGACCUGGUUAGGUCCGCAUGGGCAACCCUUGGGGACCCAGGAGACAGGAGACGAUAAUGGACCGUAUUGGACCUCGGAAAGUUCGGAUAGCGGUCGGGUUGCCGUGUUGCACAUUCCUAGUGCAAGUUUCCGUCAUACCGGAGAUUAUAUUUGCCGUCAUUCGGUUACUCAGAACGAUCGUAUAUUCCGGUUACGUAUGUCUGAAGAGAUCAAACUGAAUUAUGAUGACGAAAGUUCGACGAAAUCUGGCGAGACAUUGAAACUGGUGUGCACAGCCAAAGCGGGUAGUGCAGGUCAACAGCUCUUAUGGUACAAACGAACCGAUCGUGCAACUGGUUCAUGGAUUCCCGUGUCCAGUCUGACUAAGGAAGAUCCAUCCAUCGAAAUGAACGCAAAGUCCAAUGAUGCCUCGGGUGAGAUGGAGUCCGAUCUAUCGUUGGUCAACACACCAGAUACCAAUGCCCAAUUCGGUUGUGCCUUACAAUCGUCCGUGGACGAAGUGGAUAUCCCAAUCAAAGAAUUGCCCCAGACUAGUGCCACAGUGAUCAAUCUGGUUCAGCCAGUCGUUCGCGUGAGGAAAGUCCCAUCGGAGAAUGAUCAGGAACUGCUCGUGCAAUGUACCGGUUAUCCAGCCCAUUCGACCGAUCGACUUCAAUGGGUCUUCUUCCCGAAUGUUAAGGAUGUCGACGUGCAGCCAGUCGGCGAUGAGGAGUUGGUUUCCAAGGUGAAAUCCAUUUUCCGUCUGGGUGACAGUACCCCAGCAACCUGGCCUGGCUCAUCGGGACCACAACUGCUGGUUGCUUCUAAAAAGAUAGUCACCCGGAAUGCGGAAUCGGACCCGGUCACACCGGAACAAUUGGAUGUGAUACUGCACAAACCGGCCGAGGAUGUCGACUUGGACGAGCGUAUCCGUUCAGGGGCUUUAGCUUGCCAGUAUCGACGCCCGAGAUCCGUCGUUGUCAUGGAAGGCAGUGUGCCCAUGUUCGCCGUACCGGUCUCAUCAGACGAGCAAAGUGGACAGGAUGUUUUGGUUCAAGAACAAAUAACAGUAAACACAAUUUUAGAUCCCAAAGUGAAAACGGAGGAUGAACAGGAGCCUCAACGUCCGGUGGCUGCUGCUGGCCCCGGACUAAUUGAUGCUGCUGGUGAACAAACUGGAGAGGAGGAAUCAGAGGGAAACUUUGCGAUUUCACGAUUCGCUUCACCUUUCUUAUCAAAUGUCCUUGUGUUCGGUAGUUUGCUUUUCUUGCGGCUGUGGUUCUAG